UGCUAUCUGUUCUAUGGCUCGGGGAGGACGCAACAAAUUGGAAAUGUGGAAUACAGAAUUAAUUUUAAAUUCGUUUCAGCAUGUGCUCUCCCAGGUGACAAUUGUUAGGCGAACUUUAUUUGAUAAAUUAGCUGGACGAUUGUUGGCUUUUGAGGAGUUAUACUGGUUUUAAGGACUCGAUGUUGAAUCGAUGGUGUAUCUAAACUGUCAACUUACUGCUAUGAUAAAAAUACGAUCAUUUCGACUCCUUUGUUGUACAGAUUUGUAGUUACAAAGCGGCUAACCAGAGAGCAAUCGAAGCUCUGGAGAAGGUAUGAAUAGAAUGAGAUGUUUGGAGCAACACUAAUGGAAGUAGAUGCUGACGGAUCAUUGUCAUUUCCAGACCCUCAGAUAAAUUCAAAAGAUAACGGUAACAGUUCCUCUGCUGCUCUUUUUGCAAGAACGUAAAACUUCAAAUUUAGUAUUAAACGGCAAACAUUCUCUUGCCAAAGCUUUGAGUAUUGAAGAAGAGCAAUUUAUGCGAGUAUUUUACGAAAACAAACUUCAAGAAGUAUGCAACAAUUUUCAUUUUCCUCGUAAAAUCCAGGCAACAGCUCUUAUAUAUUUUAAAAGAUUCUAUCUACAAUGGUCUGUGAUGCAACAUAAUCCCAAAUAUGUGAUGUUAACCUGCAUUUAUGCAGCUUGUAAGAUAGAAGAAAAUCACGUCUCAGCUGAGGAGCUUGUCUGGAAUUUGAUCUUAUUGUUUAUGCACCUUACCGAUCAGUUAAAGGCUUAUGUAAACGACAUGGAGGAACUAUUCCAUGAGAACACUGAAAUGCUUCAAAUGCUGAAGGAAACAGCAAUGUCAGAGGUUGAUAAUAUUAUGUUAACAGAUGCCCCACUCCUCUUCCCCCCUGGGCAGUUAGCAUUGGCUGCAUUAUGCAGAUCAAAUCAAGGUCAUGGAGCUAUUGACUUCGAUAGACACCUGGACAGUAUCCUCUCUCGCCAAAAAUCUGCACAUACAAUUUACGAGCUCUUUGAGCGUAUAAAUUCAAUUGAAUCGUGGGUCAACAGAUAUGCCUUCCCAUCAGAAAAGGAUUUAAAGCACAUCAACAGAAGAUUAAAAUCUUGCUGGGGACUGGGCUCCAAUGACGAGAGUGAAAAAGGGAGAAGAAAUCAAAGCACAAAUCAAAGAAGAGUUCGAAUGAAACGCAAAAUAUACCUUCGCACAAUUAGCUGUGUGUGUCCUAAAUGGGCUCGGCAUAUUAUUUGGAUUUGUUGCCUAUGCCACAGCAUAGUCUAGAUCCUCGGUGUAUAAUUAGGAACAUUGCUGCUUGGCAGGUACUCUUAUCUUAGCCACCUUUGCUUCUGCUGACAGUCGUUUGCUUUCAAUCAGGUAAACUCAACCUCGGCAGGGUAAGGAGUUCUCUUGCAUGAAACCAGCAUCCUUGAGCCGCGUUCAACAUGAAAAUACGGAAAAGGAAAACAUCUUAUCAAGCACGGAUAAAAUUUGUCCCCUCUUUGGUACUCAAUUCUCUGAUUUUAUUCUUUUCUUCGGUCAGCAAUAUUUGUGGUCAGUGUGACCAAGAAAUUUCUGCCAAGUAAUGAUAACAUGGGGACAAAAUUUUGAAUUUCAGGCUUAUUCUGUC